GAGCUCAUGACUCAACAUUUGGUACUGAAUGGAGAUUUGCAUUAGAAUGUUGUGAAGUACAGACCAUUUUUUAUUUUAUAGGUGCUCAUUAUGUUCAGUGUUCGUUGAAUUUCUGCGUAGUAUGCUGUUUAAAUUUUAUUCUGUUACAUUAUUUUGUUUAAUUAAGUGACGUUUGACGUUGAAAUCAUUGUGCAGAAAAUUUGUCACCAAAUGCUUUGCUGAUUAAUUUUCUAAGACAUAAACCUGAAUUCAAAAAUGUGUGGUUAAGACAGUCAUUAAAUGAUGGUAUAACGACACUUUGUAUUCGUAGUAAUAGGAAGAACUGCAUACCACAUGAAACGGUAGAUUAAUUUCUGACAUAUUGCUGGCAAGACGAUGCCUUGUAUGCAGCUUACCCCAUGGAACUGCCACUGAAGAGACAGAGGACUGUAUUAAGGACGAAGAUGUCCAAUGCUGGUUCUGCCAUUAUGAAGUCAAUUGACAGUCCUUCACUACUUGGGCAUAGUAGACUGGUACAAGAUCCUUAUUCAGAGAAUAAAUCUAUGGGUAAUUUGCCCCCAGAUGUGACACUGACAUCAGAAUUCACAUCUUUGAAACUUGGUACAAGAUAUGAAGAGCAUAAUGGAGGCAGUUUUUUGUUGCUGGAUGGUAAAGAAAAUCUGAAGGUGUCAUCAGCUGAACAGUUUCUGGGUCGAUUGAAUUGUGAUAACUCAACACGUGUAAAAGUUGUGUCAGUGUUUGGUAAUACAGGUGAUGGGAAGUCUCAUACACUGAACCAAACGUUUUUUGAAGGGGGCGAAGUGUUUUCCACAUCAUCUGAGCAAGAUUCAUGCACUCUCGGUGUGUGGGUCGCAUAUGAUCCUCAUAUGAAAGUCAUUUGUUUGGAUACAGAGGGUCUUCUGGGAUCCACAAGCCAUGAGAAUCAGCGAACAAGACUACUGCUUAAGGUUCUUGCAUUGUCAGAUAUUGUGAUUUAUCGCACACGAUCAGAACGUUUGCAUCGAGACAUGUUCACAUUCCUGGGGUCAGCUUCACGUGCUUACACGCAGCACUUCCAGGCAGCUUUACAAGUUGUUGGUCAGCGCAAUGAGUUCGGUGGGCCUUUAUCAGCUCUUGGUCCUGCAGUUAUUAUAUUUCAUGAAACCAGGCACACACGUACCUUGCAGGCUUCCUUAACUGACAGUGCUGAGGACUUACUGCGUAACCGAUUUGCUCAGAAUAAACUGGAGAUAGAGGCAUUCAGUUCUCUGCGGUAUGUGGGAAUCCAAACAUUGUCACCACCUACAGACUUCUCAGAUUUCCGAGCAGCUGUGCAGAGUGAGCUGGAGAACACGACAGUUCGUUCACCCCGACAGCCACAAGUUGUAUUUCAUACACUCAAGGUUCUAAAUGACAAGUUCAAUGGGGAAUUGGAGAACAGCUCAGUUGUUCUGUUUCCUGACCAGUACUUCACAUGUCCAAUAAAAUGUUCGUCAUGUGAGAGGCGCUGUGAAAGUAGUAUGGGUCAUUUAAAGGACGGACUGCACCAUUCUUGUGCUCAGAGAUGCCGAUACCAACACCAGUUUGACAACUGUAUGUACAUUUGCAAGAUUUGCCAUAGCAAUGGGAAAGAGGUGGUGGUCACUCCAAAGCUUACAGCUUCUACUGACACAUCAUUGUUUGGAUUUGCAAAAUUUGCCUGGUCAGGAUAUGUCAUUGAGUGUCCUUACUGUGGAGAAAUAUAUCGGAGUCGUCAAUACUGGUAUGGCAACAAAAAUCCAGAGGAUAUAGCAGUACGAACAGAGAUUCAACAUGUCUGGCCUGAUCAGAACAGCUCAACAGCUUUGGGAAGUCAGAAUGCCGCCCAAAAAGUCCUGGAUGGUGUGACAUACAUAUCGGAGGCUGUUGCCAGUGUUGGGUCACCGCCUACGCGCAUGUUAUCAUCUUGGGUUGCUGAUCAGAUAGCGCCUAAGUAUUGGAGACCAAACCAUGAAAUAAAGCAUUGUCAUAGUUGCAACAAGUGGUUUGCAACAACUGUAAGUAAGCAUCAUUGUCGAGCUUGUGGAGAGGGAUUUUGUGAAGACUGUUCAAACUAUGUUAUGCCAGUUCCUGACAGGGGAUGGAUGAGUCCAGUUCGAGUGUGUGUUAACUGCUACCAGAAAGCAUCUUCAAGCCGUGGCUCUGGGAUUUUAGAUGAGAUUGAUGACACUGAAGUCCGAGCAAGAAAAUAUGGUGAGGCUGUUGUUAGCACAUUGAGUACAGUUGCUUCUGUGUUGGAAUAUCCCAGAGGAUUAAUCAAGGAUAAAGCACGUCCAUCAUACUGGGUCCCAGAUCAUGAGGUCACACACUGCUGCUGUUGUCAGGUUCAGUUUGGUCCUCGGAUCACUCUGCAUCACUGCCGUGACUGUGGGCGAGGUGUCUGCAAGGAUUGCUCCAUGAAUAGACGUGCCGUACCUCAUCGGGGAUGGGACAACCCUGUUCGGAUCUGUAACAAGUGUAUGAAACAAGACUGACUGUUAUAAAGAGAUGUGAAUUUAGUGGAUAUGGUCAGAAGACAUCUGAAAUUUUUCUUCAGCACAAAGCAGAUGGCAGAUUCUCACAUGAGUGUGGAGUCUUCAUUAUAAGUUUGGAGUAUUUAUGUCAGAUGAAGGAUCAAGUUCAUUCAAGAACAAUGAAAAUGUACCUCUAUCAAGACAGAACUAUGACAUAAUAUUUAAAGAGGGUGAGGGGGAUAGUUGGUUUGGGAGAAUAUGUCGGAGUUGUGCAGUAUGGAAACAGAAAGACUUGCUGUUUAUGAAAACUGUGAUAUUUCUUUUAAUAUUAUGCACAUUUGUUUAUAGAUUUAAAACAACAUUGCUGGGGGUUUUUAUUUUAUUUUUUUGUGAUUUACAUUACAUUUAUCUUUGUACAGGUUGCACCCUCAUUUCAUAGAGAAGUGAGUAUUUUUAAUUUUUCUCCUCCAAAAAUUUACAGCCCUUUUUAAAGCCCUUAGAAGUGAGAGGAUUUAAAUCCUUAGCUCAUUUGCCAUUAGUAUUUCUUCAGCUUUUGUUUCUGGAAAUGCUUAUGCAUGUUACCAGAUUUAUUUGCUGUCAUUUUCAAUUUCUUGAUCUGCGUAGGGAAGAGAUCACUUUAAGGGCAUGGUUAUAGAUGGAUGUAUAAUAUUAAAAUUCACCUUCAGUAAAUUGUGUGUGAGAGAGUAGACUGGAUUCAUCUGAGCUAUUGUAGGGUCCAGUAGUGGACCUUCAUAAAAAUGCUUAUGAACCUUGGGUUUUAUAAAAUGCAGGAAUUUUUUGACUAGCCGAGUGAAUGUUAACCUGUCAGAAAGGAAUUAGUUUAUUAAUUUUGGUUUUUCUCUUGGAAAUGUUUCAGCAGAAUUGAAAUUUAGCAAUUCAGAAGCAACUGAACACCCGAGUUUAACUGUUGGCAUUUUUGCAUCAUUCAUUGGUUUAAAAUCUUUGACUCAUAGACCACUUAGUUAUUUAAUGUUCUUCCCAAACCAUAUAUUUUGUCAUUUAACACUAUGUAAUGUACUCAGCCAAUCAAAUGUCAUUAAACAAACUAAUCAGAAGCAGUCUAAAAAGUUGAAUAGCUUCCAGAUAUUUAGUAGAAAUUUGUCCUAUCAGGUCAGGCCUUAAGUUUGACUCACUCAGUAUUAGAAAAUUUGAAAUUUUAAACAGUAUAGAAAUAAUAUGUUAAUUUUGUUUGAUAGAUGUGCAUUAUGUGUCCAUGCGCAUAUAUAACUGUUUGUAUCUUUGUAAGGAAGCAUCAGCAUUAUGCCCUUCUGUCAUGACAUACAUCCCACUAUUUUAUGUUGUUAGACCAAAUAUCACUGAUUAUGUGGAUAUGUUAAUGUAUCUUCUGGCAUGAUGCUCUCGAAAUGUUUGUGCCUUUUUAAAAAUAUGUUAAGAAACUUGAUAUGCAGAUGGAUGAAUUGAAACUAUAGUAAUUUUGAAUCUUCAUUACUUUUUCAUGGUUAUGCCACCUUUGAACACGUAUAUGAAUUUCAUGUAAUAGAAACCUAGUCUUUUGAGCUCUAAGUCAGAUCGUGGAAGACCUAGUUCAGCAUGUGUUAUAGUCUGUCUGUUUAAUGUCAGAGAAAUCACUGUUUGCUGCUUAUGGUUUGAGUCUUCUGUUGUGGCUGGUGGAACAAAAUGGCAUGGUGGUGUACUGGACUUCAUUAUAAUGUUAAAUGGUACGUGUGUAUUGUCACAGGUGUUGGUAGAUGGCGGCCAGCAAAGUGGUGUUUUGCUGGGGAUUCCCUUCAAAAUUAGCUGAGGAAUUUCUAUUCCAAAGCUUUCGUGGGUAUGGUGCAAGGGUGGCAGUAUAUUGAGGGGUGCAGUAUUAGAGUUAACUGCAUUUAACAGUAUUUAAAAUUUGGGUAUUCCAACAAAAUACUGUUUUUGUUUGCAGUAUUUGAUUUGUAGACAUUUUCUUGAUGAUAUGAUGAUACAUCGCUCAGAUUUGUCAGGUGCUGUUUGUGUAUGUUGGCAACCAUGUUGCUGCUAGAUCUUCUGGUGCAGGCAGUGCAUAACUGGCAAGGUGUUUUGUGUAAAUAUGAUAGUUAUGCAUAAGAUAAAAGGGAACACUUCGGAAUAAAAUAUUUUGCAUAUUUCUGUCAUCUCUUUAACAUGUAUGCUAUAUACAAUAUAUCCUCCAGAUUGGAUUGAGACAGGAGCGAACACACACUGAAUGAAAAUAUCUUCAUGUUCUUUAUGUAUCUGCUUUUUAUAAUAGUAAUAAACUUACAUUGCUAUUAAAUACUAAUAAUUAUUUAUACAUUUUAGCAUUGAAUGACUGCAAACAAAAUCAGUAUUAGGAUUUAAAAGUCUGAUUCAAGAAUAGUAUUGAGAAUAUUAUGAAAGUCCUUUAACCUGCAAGUGAAAACUUACAUUUCUGUACCUUGCAACAAACAUGUGCCCAAAUUAAUCCUUAUAUUAAAUAGAUUAUGUAAAAUUGAGAUCAGUGUGUAUGUGAAACAAUAAUGGGUCUGUAUUUCUUCUUUCAUAGGUGAGGAAAUUAUCAGGAGUGGGUGAACUAUUACGAUAUCCCAUCCAAGAUACGUGAAUUUGGUACUGAUAUUGAAAAAUUCAUAGUUCUCAAUAUGUCAGUAAUUUCAUUCUAAUAUUUUUAACAUUUCAUCUCAUUUUUAUACUUGUUCCUGCUCAUCCCUUGAGCAGGUAAAUGGAAAAUACAAAGACUUUUGGAAUCUAAAAGUAUACGUCUUCUGUCAUGAAUGCAACACCAUAUACAGGUUUUAAGUUGGAUGCUAAAUUCUUUAAAAUUUAAAACUGAAAAUAUAAUCACAAUCAGUGCUGUAAGUGAGAGAAAGAAGCAUAAGGACUUGGAGAAGGGGUAUGUUUUAAGUUUGCUGAAUGUGAGACAAGAUGGUGUUCAGUUCACUUCAAGUACUCUGCCAUGCAGAGAAGGUAAUUCUGUCUUCAGAAAUGGAAAAUACAGAAUACAUAAAUGUGACUACGUAGUUUCAGUAAUACUGGUACUUAUAGCAUAGUUUACUUUAGAUUAACUGUACCUUACUAUGCACAAGAAGUGUUCAGUUCGUGGACUGUUAUAAUGUUUUAUUAAAAUUUUUCAUUUCAGGAUAUUUCUGUAACACAUGAUUUUUUUAUAAGAAAAGUAAGUAUGUGCUAUCUUAUGUAUAUAAACAGUAAUUAUUACAAACUUA